AUGCUUGCAUGCAGAACGUUGCUCACACUCCAUUCCGUCAACCAGGACUUCUCCGACUUGGACGAGCAGAUCCGCCAGGUCGCGCACAUCAUCCGCCUUCCACCCAACUGGGCCGACAUUCGUGACAAGACCACCCGCGCAGCCGCUUUACGUCACGUGGUCGGCGCCAGAGCAGAAUGGGUCUUGCGCUGGACUCUUGACAAACUCGGCAACGAGACGCACGCCGGGACCAAAGCUCGAGCAACACCGACGACAUGGCAGCUGCUCGAGUGCAUGAUGCACGUACUGCCCGUGUCGCGCAGUGCACCCCACCUGCGCGAUGCCGCCUUCCCUUCGAUCCUCGAGCGAGCGCUGCUAGAAAACUUCGACAAGGACCGCAACGACCUCAACGACCCUGCUUUCCCAGCAGAAGAGGACGUGCAUUCGAGGAACACUUCCGAAUCUAGCGAAACCGUCUGCGACGACACACAGCUUCUCGCGGAAGCGGAAGCGAGGCUCGCCUGGCGUCUCGCCGUCGCAAAGCACCGCUUCAGCGUCCUCCACACCCCUGCUCUUGUUCACUGCAAUCCACGCUCUGCUUCGACACCAUCACUGUCCGAUAGCGCACAAGCCCUCUCGCAUAGUCCAAGUUCUGGCUUGGUGGCAGUCCAAGAAUCUGGUGCAGAGACUACAUGGGCGGCACGAGACAUCCACUCUGCACCCCUGGUCGCCCUUGUGGACCUUUCAGUCGUCUUUGAUAUCUGGGAAUUGCGCAUGCUCGACGCGGCCGACCCCACAGGAUCGUCCCCAGAAGAUUUCGCCAACGAAUGUAUGGUUCCCACACUCCGACUCAGCGAGACUUUGAGAAGCUUGCGCGCAGACAUGACAGAGCCAGAGUCUUCAAAAGCGCUGGACCUGGCCGUGCAAGCCCUCGACAAAUCACUCACGAGCCAUAUCCUCGUACCAGCAAGAUCCACCUUCUUCAGCCAAGCACACGCCAGUGCUAAAGCAGACUCUACCCGCAGAGGGGCAUCAGUAUUGUCUACCAGCCUCGGACCGCUUCGGGCUAUCCUCCUCCGAAUCGCCCAAAUAGAGGAUGCCGGCGAAGUUGUUCCACCCCACAUGGCCUCUUUGUCAAAAGCAAUUGGACAUCUACUCGACCUCGCAAUCCGCGUCUCCCCUUCCAGGACGCCCAAAUCACGGCUGGCAGAACGACCAUGGAUUCAAGCCGUAGUCUUGUCCCUUGCUGAAUGCGUAGGUUGCUCAUUGGAAGGGCCGCCAGACUUCGUCACAACAAAGUCCGCGGCAGCCGCUUUGCAGAGCGCUCUCGAGAUACUACAUUCCCAGAAUGUGAACAUCGAUUCUGCCAUCCUGAGAGAAAUCUUUUGGUAUUACUGUGGAGUCAAAUAUCCUCAACAGGAAGAAAGGCAGGUGAAGUGGACCUUGAUAGCGGCACUGGUCGAGCUUGACGCAUCCAUCUUCACCACCGAAUCUCGAUCUACCUCGGGCAGCUCCAAGGAGCAACACGCGGACCUCACCGAAGUCUUAUUUGAUCAGAUAUCAGAUACCGAGUUCAAGGGGGUAGGCUUCAAGGAUACUAGAUCGCGUUUGGAAACAACCACAGUAGAUGCUGCAGUUGCUCGUGCUAGCAACCAAGAGAGUCGUGAGUUCAUACUUGGCCGCAUAGUGAACCCCAUCAUGUCAGCCUUUUCACGAAACCGCAAUAUGCUUGGUUUCGUGCGCAGAUGGGAUGAUCAGCUGGUGAAAAGUUACAGGUUUGAGAACCGCAAAGCUCUGAAGGAGAAGCCAGAAUUUAUAUGGGAAGAUCGUGUUCUAACAAACGCAUUGUCAAGUGUUUUCGAGCAGUCUCUUACGCAGGGUCAGAUUGUAGGACUUAUCGAAGAGCAUGUCACUCGUUUGGAAGACCUGAGUGGUGCUCUGGCCGUACAAGACAACGAAGACGUCAGAGUACGGAAGCUUGCUGCUUUCAAAAGAGCUUCUAGCAGCGCCAUCAUCAUUCCGGCCAUCCUACAGUCGACCCAAUCCGAUGACACCCUGGCUGCACUUCAGCAACAGCUGCAUUCACUUUUCGACUUGUACGCAACAUGGGUCCAAGAUGAGCGUUUCGGUGCAUACACCCGGCUCUCUCUAUCUUGGUUUUCUCUAUGCCUGCUUCUGGACAAGCUUUGGCUAAUCGACUUACAUGCCUCUUCGCAGCUGCAGCAAGAGGGCCUGUAUCCGCUACUUGAGCAAGCUACUAAGGAUCUUUCCACGAGCAGGUCAGAGUCAAGUCGGCGGAAAGUCGAUUCCAGUGCACGAGCAAUUGCAAUGUUGUUCUCCUUGAAGGCAUGCAAUAAGCUACAAACGGUUCCCGGUUCCGAAGAAAUUGUGCAGGAAGCUUUACGCAGGGUUAUGAAGAGCUUCUACGCGAGCCAACUCAACGAAUCGGAGCUCAGUCGAACAGCCGAACAGUUUUGCGCCUGCUUCGUCCAGCUUUUGAGCCACCUUGAUGCACAGGUGGCUCGGGAUUCGAUCCUGACCAUGUUUAACAGGCUCUCAAUUCCGAAUGGAAACAUCCAUGAUCACAUCAGUGGCCUCUUGGCUCAGGCAGUCUUCGCACACGAUAGCUCGGCUUUGCAUAAUGCCUAUUCAUACGCACUUUCGGACGCCCUCCAAGAAGGAGAUUCUGAUCCUCUACAUCGUAUCGCAGUCCAUGACCUUCUUCACAUUCGACCUUCUGCCUUGCCGCGCGACAAAAGGGAGGCCAUUCUGGAUCGGUUGUCAGUCCUUUUAACACUUGGAACUGUAGUCCCCGACGAUCUGCUCAGUGCCAUGGCUCAAUUGAUGGUCAUACCAAACGCGUCAGCGAGAUUAUCUACCGAUGGAGCGGUCAUCUUUGACAUUGCUCUCCAGCUUCAGCAACGAGGAGCGAUCUCAAGCACUGCUCUCCAGCAACUCCAACUACUAUGCCAGCGUAUGCUCGCUCACAUUAUUCCGAAUCAGAGCCAAGCACAGAGUCGGGCUCUACUUGGAGAGUAUCAGAAGAAGCUAAAUACCCUGACUCAGGCCACAAAAAAGGUUUCGCCAACUGGUCUCGCUAUCCUGCGUGCGACUAUUCUGGAGCAAAAGGAUUCGCAACUUCUAAGCGUCAAACAGUAUGUGUCACUGCUAAAGCAAUGUCUGGCCGAUGAUGGGACUGAUGGAAAGGACACUGCAUCUUUUGAGCAUGUAUUGGACGCCUUUGAAGAACUAUCUUCCACUCUUCUGGGAGACUCUGCGUCAUUGAAAGCAACAACCUCAUGGCUUCGUGCGUGGGUCAAGGACAACGCAGACUUGGGAUUCCUAGGCUCCAUCGAAGUGGCAGACUACGUUGCGCGACUUCACAGGCUAGUGGCUAAAUACAGGCUCUACUCCGAUGUCAAGUGGUUUGUGGCGUUGACUGUGAAAAUGCUUUGUGGUCCGCUCGCCGAUGAGCAGAAGAGGAAGGCACUCGCGACCACUCUCGAAGUGUUUGCCCCACUCGAGAGGGCCGAAAAACUAAGCAUUGUCUCGUUGCUCACUGAUGUGGAUGACUCGUAUGCUCGUGCAGCAUCAUACACUGUCCUUCAAGUCCUGGUUUCAACACUGCCUGACAAUCUUUCUACGGAUGUCAUUCUAAAACAAAACCAACUUGCGAUUCUACCAAAGCUCUGCGGAAUGCUGAUCGAGGUCUCUGACGCAGCAUGCUUCAAUGCGCUCAUGGACAGCAUCAACACGCUGUUGAACCACAGUACAGCCGUUGCAACACAACACAGUAUCGAAUGUGUCCUUGGUGUAUUGGUAAAAUUUACCUCACGUACCAGCCCCGCUCUUCCCUAUGAUCAGGCCAGUCAAAUAUUCACUCGGCUUUGUGAAACGAGUCGUCUAGUUUUGCUUGUGCACCGCAGCAAAACGGGGGGCCGCUCUCACAUACUCUUGCCCCUCCUGCAAGGUCUUCUGUUCUGUCUGUUCAUGCCUACGUCGGCGCGCAGUGGUGCUUUACCAAUGUGGCUUAGAUCGAACACGUCUCAAGCAGUUUGUCUUGCGUCAACAGACGCAGCACACUAUUCCCGCCUUCUAAGCACGCUGUGCAAUCCACCGCAGUCGUCGAUUUCCAAAGCCCAUCAGCACUCUCGGAAGUCGAAGGAUCUCAUCGACCCUGUCAAAGCAGCACGUGAGCGGACAAGUCACUUUCUGUACCCACUUCUGGCAUCAUUUUGUCGUUUUCAGCUGUCGGGUCGUUUGGUCCCUGCGAUACGGGCGAAAAUGCUGCCAGGUCUCUGGGAACUUAUCUCCACGGCCAGUCUGCAUAAGGAAGAGCUUGACGCCAUGUUUGCAGGGUUGAGCAGGAGCGAGAAGGAUGUGUGGAGGAGUCUUUGGGGAGAAUGGGAAAGUGUGCACGGGAGAAAGGAGAGAUUCGUCAGUGUAGAGGGUCUAUAG